AUGAAGAAUAAUCUGUCACUAUCAGCUAUUCUCGAAAAGGCUCGUGAAUUGUUGCCCAUCGCUGCUUUGGGGUUCUCUUACAUCAAAGACGGGGCAGAGAUUCCAUUGGAGGACAACAAUGUUUUUGUUUCCCUCAUCACAAGACCAAAUCUGAAUGAACGUAUCAUAAGAGUGAAGAAUUUACAAGAUGAUUUCUCCAGUUUCACGAGCAUCAAGGAUGCGUUGCAUCUUGUUGAUGCAACCUCUGACGACGUCAGGCUUCCUGUCUCCAAUGAUAAGUUCCCAAAACCGUUGACAGAAUUUAGCGAACCGCAAAUCGAAGAGCUUGUUCAUGCAAUUGACACUAUUAGAAGGCGCAAAGAGGUUGUACCCAUUGAACAAUCCUACGAGGCAACAAGGCGUCUCUAUAUUGAUCCAAUACUACUCGCGUCUGCUCGGGUGGCAGGAGGCGAAGAGAAAGAUAUUAAGAUGAUGGUGGAGCAGGUUUAUGAGAGUGAAGAUGUCAAUGGGCCAAUCGACUAUGUCUUUAGUUUCAAUGAUGUCACUAUAUGUGUGACGGAAGGGAAGAAGGACAGUCUUGACAGAGGCAUUGCACAAAAUAUUGCACAGCUGGUGGCGGUGAGAGAUACCAACACCCGAAAACGAAAACGAAAGCAUCAUGAAAUGGAAAAGGAACAACAAACUAUCUUUGGCAUAGCCACCACUUAUGUUGAAUGGUCAUUCAUCAGGUUAGAGGGUUCUACAAUUAAUUGUACAAACAACACACAGGUCCAUCAGCUCGGAGAAACCGGACGACAUUAA